AUGGUAGUUAACGAAAAGUUAAAUAAGGAAUUGGGUCUCAAUCGUAUUUCAGGUCCUCAUGUACUGAAACCGUUUGAUAAUUUUAUUUGUUCGCCACUAGGACUCGUGCCUAAGAAGCUACCCGGAGAAUUUAGAAUCAUACACGAUCUAUCCUUCCCAGAGGGUAAUUCCGUAAAUGAACACAUUUCGCGAGAAAAUGCGGUUGUGCAAUAUGAUUCUAUUGAAAAUGUAAUACAGCUAAUCAAGAAAUUUGGGAAAGGGGCACUGAUGGCUAAGCUAGACAUAGAAGAUGGGUUUAGAAACAUCCCAAUACACCCUUCAGACUAUCAUUUUUUAGGCUUUCUUUGGAACAAUCAAUAUUAUUUUGAUAAAUGUUUACCAAUGGGAGCCAGUUCAUCGUGUCAGUUGUUUGAGAGGUUAAGCACGGCUUUGCAAUGGAUUAUGUUAAAUAAAUACCAGGCCUCUGGUAUGUCUCAUCUUAUUGACGAUUUUUUCUUCAUUGGACCAGCUUUAUCUCAAAAAUGUCUCUCUGAUGUUAGAAACUUUGAAAAUUUAUGUUCGAGAGUAGGAGUCCCUCUUAAAGAAUCAAAAACCGUUUUACCAACAACUUGUUUGACCAUUUAUGGAAUUGAGGUAGAUUCGGUUCUCAUGCAAAGUAGACUUCCAGAAGACAAACUCACUAAUAUGAGACAAUUGUUGGCAAAGACAGUCCAUAGAAAAAAAAUUCAAUUAAGAGAAUUGCAGUCCUUGAUAGGUGUUCUCAAUUUUGCCUGUCAAGUAGUCACACCUGGUCGUGCAUUUUUGAGACGCUUAAUAGAUUUGACUCGUCGUGUGUCCAAACCAAAUCAUUACAUAAGAUUAACUGCUGAAGAACGUGCGGACAUUAAAGCAUGGCAGCUUUUUAUUGAUCAUUUUAAUGGCAAGUCUAUAUUUCAUCAGGAUGAGUGGUUUUCUUCACAGAAGUUACAUAUAUAUACAGAUGCAUCUGGUGCCUUGGGUUAUGCAGCUGUAUAUGGUUCAAAAUGGUUUGCUCAAUCUUGGCUAGAUAUUCAUACAGAUUAUCACAUUUCUGUUAAAGAGUUAUUUCCUAUCGUUCUAUUGGUAGAAAUUUGGGGGACUCAUUUUAGCAAUCAAAAAAUUCUCUUUUUCACUGAUAAUAUAGCAGUUGUUGAGGUCAUUAAUAAACAGUCAUGCAGAGACAAAAUAUUGAUGAAACUUGUACGUCGAUUAGUUGUUGCAGCAAUGAAAUAUAACAUACUAUUUAAAGCAAAACACAUUCCAGGGAAACACAAUAUACUUGCAGAUUACCUUUCCCGUUUUAAAUUCCAGGAAGCCAAGAAACUCUUUGCCCCUUGGUUGGACCUCAAGCCAACAGCAGUACCAGAACAUUUGAUUUACAUCUAA